AGCUAUUGAGAACUCUGCUUUUUAAAUCAGUCUCCAGUCUGCCUACAGAACUAAGCACCAGUCUGACUACAGAGAGAAACACCAUCCUGCUACAGAGUUAAAUGCCAGUUUGUCUACAAAGCCAAGUACCAUCUUGUGUACAGUCUGCCUAUAGAGCUAAGCACCAUUCUGCCUACAGUGCUAAGUAUCUGCUUACAGCCUGCCUGCAGAGGAAAGCACAACACAAUCGUCUUCCUAAGCACCAUCCUGCUUUACAGCUAAGUACCAUUGUGGCUACAGAACUAAGCAUCUUUUGCUCCAGGGCCAGACACCACUCUGCAUAGGAUGGGUUCUGAUUAUCCAAUAGGAGGAGAGGAGUAUGACUAUGCAUAUUACUCAAAUGAGUACUCAAAUGAAUCAGACAUCUUGGACCAAUGUGACAACUCUGACUGGAAUUUAUCCUUCUCGCUACUACCUGUCCUGUAUAUGCUGGUUUUUGUAUUGGGACUGUCAGGAAAUGGAGUGGUGAUUUUUACAGUGUGGAAGGCAAAACCCAAGAGGAGGUCUGCAGAUACCUAUAUAGGUAACCUUGCCUUAGCAGAUCUGGCUUUUGUGGUGACUCUCCCUCUGUGGGCCACAUACACUGCCCUGGGCUUUCACUGGCCCUUUGGUUCGGCACUGUGCAAGCUUAGCAGCUACCUAGUCCUUCUAAAUAUGUAUGCCAGUGUUUUCUGCCUCAGUUGCCUCAGCUUUGACCGUUACCUGGCCAUUGUCCACUCUCUAUCUAGUGCACGGCUACGCUCACGAUCUUCAAUGUUCAUUUCCUUGGCUAUCAUCUGGCUCCUGGCAGGAGUACUGGCAUUACCCAGUUUAAUUUUGCGAGACACUCGCGUGGACAGGAUAAACAAUAUUACUGUCUGUGACAUGGACUUCAGCAGUGUAUCCAGCAAGCAAAAUGAGCAAUUUUGGAUUGGAGGGCUUAGCCUCUUGAAUACAGUGCUAGGUUUCCUCAUCCCUGUACUCCUUAUGACUGUUUUCUAUUGUUUCAUUGGAGGAAAAGUAACUAUGCAUUUCCAGAACCUUAAAAAAGAAGAGCAAAAGAAGAAGAGGCUUCUCAAAAUAAUCAUCACUUUGGUUGUUGUGUUUGCCAUCUGCUGGCUUCCCUUUCAUAUCCUUAAAACUAUCCACUUCCUAAAUUUAAUGGAUUUCCUGUAUCUCUCCUGCCCUGUCCAGAGUCUCAUUGUCCGUCUGCAUCCCUAUGCCACCUGCCUGGCAUACAUAAACAGUUGCCUCAACCCUUUCCUUUAUGCCUUCUUUGACUUGAGAUUUCGCUCUCAAUGCUUUUUUUUUUUUGGACUUAAAAAAACCAUCCAUGGACAGAUCAGCAACACCUCCUCCAGUCUAAGUGCACAAACUCAAAAAUCUGAAAUACACUCUUUUGCAACUAAGGUUUGAAAGGGGUGUGAGAAGCAAAGACACUGUUCUUAAGACAUUCAGCUAAUUGAACUUUAUCUUGCAGAAAGUGAUGGACAUCUGCUGAUAAUGGAAUAGGGCUUUCAAAGUGUGCUGGAUCUGCACACUGGAGUCUGAGUGAUUCCCCCCUUUUAGUGCUAGUCUGGCUUUGCCAAGAAGACAGCAGACGUGCCUUAAUGACUCCAGGACAUCAAAGCCUCACUUGGUCCCUCUCUGUGAUGCAAGAGAGCUGGUCGGAUGCAGUGAGAGAUACUGUUUUAUGGGGUUUGUGACUGUUGAACAUACCAAUUUGAUUCUGAUAUAAAUCAGGUAUCAAAAACAUUUUAUCUUGAACAAUUUCUUUUCCACUGGCUAAAACCAUGUGUAUAUUUGGCUUGUUUGAGCACUUGAAUAACAUUUAUAGCUUAUGUCUAACACACCAUGUAAUGAUAAUUUCUAGAGCUUUUAAACAGAGGGAACUUAUUUAACCAUCACUGUCACGGUAUACAAUGUAAUGCACUCAGUGGGUUAAAGCUGAAUUUUUAACAGAUUGUGCUCAGUUACUGAUAUCUGCUAUGCAUUAUUGUGACAUUUGUGUGAUUGCUUACUUUGUGAUUAACAUAAAAGACAAAUCCUGUAAUGUAACCACCCUGUUCCAAGCAGCGUAGACUAAAGUGUAUUCAUUAAGCUGGCAAUUAAUGUGUUAAAGUCUGAUAAAAUAAGCAGCUGUUUAGAAGUUCACAAUUUAGUUGCUAAAAAAGCCAUCAAACCAUUGCAGAGCAAUGCAAUUACAUUCCAAGCAACUAAAGAAAAUGUGUGUUUGCUCCCUAUACAUAUAUAUAUAUAUCCCCUCGGAGAGGGGCCAUUUUGUUAUACGUAUAACUUUUUUCUAUGAUGUAAUAAAAACAAAAUAUGUGAAUUUUUAAAAAA